CAUAAAUGGACCAUUGACAUAACAUUUGAUCUGAGAGAGAGAUACAUAGUAAUAAUUCAUUGUAAUAUGGCACUUCCUUAUAUAUCGUGAUACCAUUAGUUAUAUACAUAACAUUCGUGAUUAAAAAAACUUUUGGUUAAAUAAAAUUAUGGAGAUGAAUUAUUUUGUUGGAGGUUUAUUAGCAGUGGUGACGGUGGUGAUGGGUAUGUGGGAAUGUGGUUCACCAUUUCCCAUACCGCGGCAGCAGAUGACAGACCGUGUCAGUCGGUUGCCCGGACAGCCACCUGUCAGUUUCAACUAGUAUGCCAGCUAUGUCAACGUUAACAAAACUCAUGGCAGAGCCCUCUUUUAUGGGUUUUUUGAAGCCAUCGAGAAACUCCAAAACAAACCUCUCGUCCUCUGGCUCAACGGAGGUCCUGGAUGCUCAUCAAUAGGCUAUGGGCAAUCACAAGAGCUGGGACCUUUCUUUCCUCAGAAAGGGACGAAGCCAGAGCUCAAGUUCAACAACAAUACAUAGAACAAUGUGGCCAAUUUACUGUUUUUGGAAUCACCCGUUGGCGUUGGAUUCUCAUAUACAAACACAACUAGUGAUCUCAGUCGCCUUGGUGACAAUAUUACAGCUUUGGAUUCCUACAAUUUUUUGGUGAGCUGGUUACGAAGGUUCCCCCAAUAUAAAACUCAUGAAUUUUACAUUGCUGGGGAAAGUUACGCAGGGCAUUAUGUCCCUCAGCUUGCGAACCUUAUUGUUGAGAAAAACAAAAUUGCACGUAAAGAUGACAAGAUUAACAUCAAAGGAAUUUUGAUAGGGAAUGCAGUGCUGGACGACGAAACAGACCAAAAGGAAUGAUAGAGUAUGCGUGGGACCAUGCGGUUAUAUCAGAAGCAUUGUAUGAUGAGAUUAAGAGAGAAUGCAAUUUCAGCAGCUUAAACUAGACGGAGAAAUGCAAUGAUGAUUGGAUAAAUACUUUGACGUGUAUGAGAUCAUAGAUAUGUACAGUUUGUAUACCCCUGUUUGUGUUUCUGAUGACAAUGGUAACACCAUUUCCAAACCCUCCGGUAUUCCCAGAUUUUUAACUAAAAAUAAUUAUGGAAGGAGGAGGUCGUUAUCCGGGUACGACCCAUGUGCCUCAAUGUAUACUUCUGUUUAUUUGAACCGACCAGAUGUCCAACGUGCUCUUCAUGCUAAUGUCACUGGACUUCGUUAUCCCUGGACACUUUGCAGCGUUGUUAUCACUAAGUGGAAUGACCAUCCUUUCUCCAUACUCCCUAUUCUGAGGCAACUUAUUGCUGCGAGGCUACGCAUUUGGGAUUGGACUCCAUGGUACACUAACAACCAACAGGUUGGUGGAUGGACAGUUGAGUAUGAUGGUUUAACGUUUGUGAGUGUAAGGGGAGCUGGGCAUGCAGUUCCUACUUUUAAGCCAAGACAAGCCCUUCAGCUCUUCCAACAUUUUUUCAAUAACCAAACCCUUCCCUCUCAACCCUUUUGACCAUAUCAUCUAUAUAUCUCUAUCUAUCUCUAUAAAGAAAGAAAGAAAGAAAGAAGGUUGUAAGAACCAACUUUGAUCCAUUAUUUUUUCUAAAACAUUUACAUAAUUAUCAUGUGCUUUUUAUUAUUAAUUUGGUUGUUGCAAGUAUGAUUUUGUUAAUCUAUGCAUUGAAAAUUUCAACUCCAAAUGUGUUGACUCAUUAUUUCGAUC